AUGUCCGCGGCGCGGCUCUUGCUGGCCCUACUCGCCCUUGCGACCGGCAAGCGGAUUUACACGAGGGAGCAGGACACGGAGCGGAUGUCGGCGGAGACGUUUCGUAGCUUCGUGAAAGGCCUGCAAGGCUUCCCCGAGGAUGGGCUCCAGGCCAUGUUGGAGGAAGUUCCUGUCGACCGUGACGGCCUGAUGCGAAGCAGUGCGGUUCUCCGAUUUCUUCAGGAUCGCGGGAGCAAGGACCAGGCCCGGCGGAAGGAGCGCCUCGCCGCGAUGGAGAGGUCCUUCGUGGCCUCGCUGGAGGCGCAAGCCAAGGAGCUCUUCCAGAAGCUGCGGCAGGACGAGGAGGUACACGAGAGCUUGCCGACCACGACUACCACCACGACGAGUUUGCAGCCUCUAGCAAUGGCCGUGAAAGAGGCAGCGUCGAAGGACGUGGGGGUGCUCGCAGCACACCGUGCGGCAAUCCACAACCGUGCCGCGACGCUGCGAUUCCUCCACGAGGUUGGUGUCAGCAUCCAUGCGACGGACAAGUUUGGACAAACUCCGGCCCAUGUGGCAGCCAAGAAGGGAAACGUGGAGGCGCUGGAGGCUCUGCACGAGGCAGGAGCCGACAUGGAGGCGGCGGACAACGCAGGUGACACGCCGCUGCACGCUGCCGCAUUCUACUGCGAGGUGAAGGCAGUGCGCUUCCUGAUCCAGGCAGGCGUGAACACGACGGCAGUCAACAAGAACGGCAAGACUCCGGCCGACAUCAGCGCCUGUGCGUACGAGCAGGAAGUAGAGCUCCUCCUCCAGGACGACCCGGCCCAGAGCCUGCAGCCGACCGCGACCACGAACACGACGAGCCCGUCGCCCACUACGACACGGGUGAAGCUGCUUGCGAUCUCCGUGAGAGAAGCAGCCUGUGCGGGCAACGUGUCGGCGCUUGCGGAGCUGCGCAAGGCCGGGGCCAAUUUGGGGGCCAAAUUGCUUCCAAUCGGACAUUGGCAGAGUGGAUGGACGGCAGCGCACUAUGCCGCAGCAUACAACCGUUCGGCGGCACUGUGGUUCCUCCACGAGGUUGGUGUUGACUUGAAUGCGACAACCGAUGACGGAUCAUUGACUCCGGCACACCUGGCAGCCAAAAGCGGAUACGUGGCGCCGCUGGAGGAGCUUCACCAGGCGGGAGCAGACAUGGAGAAGGCAGACGAUAAAGGAGACACCCCGCUGCACAUUGCAGCCAGGAAGGGCUGGGUCGGCGCCGUGCGCUUCCUGAUCCAGGCAGGGGUGAACACCAGCGCCGUGAACUUCCAGGGAAAGACUCCCAUUGACUGCGCCAGGGGAUACCGAUGGUCACACGUAGCCAAGCUCCUCGAGGCCCAUACCACCACCACCACGGCUCCCAGCUGGGGGAGCACCAGUGGAGAUUUCGAGGCCGACAACAGAAAUGCCACCACCGGACAGUUCGAGGGCUACCACGGAUAUGCAACCACCGGACACUUCGAGGCCUCCGACGGAUAUGCCACCACCGGACAGUUCGAGGCCUCCAAAGUCCGCUAUGCCACGACCGGAAAGUUCGAGGCCUGA